UCCCAAGUUAAUCGUUUACGUAUUGCGGUUUAUGAAGCAUAGCCUAUUGUCUGUCAUGUUGAACCAGAAUGGGAGCCAACUAGUUCAAAAACUUUGCAAACAUGUGCAAAAUAUGUACUUGGGGGAUCUAUACGAAAUAGGGGUGAUAAACUGCGUUAAGCUUGCUACUACAGAACAAGGAUGUUUCGCUCUCAAAUCUAUUAUUGAUUCCAUCGACGAUCCUCUCAAAACUCAGCUGCUAUCAAUCAUCAUAGGCGAGGCCGUGUUCCUUUCUGCACACGAUUACGGGAAUUUUGUUGUGCAACAUGUUCUAGAGCGCCAUCCAUAUACUGCAAGCCUUAUAUGCAAUGAGCUUAUAUGCAAAAGAUACUUAUUUCCACUUUCUAAGAAUAAGUAUGGCAGUAAUGUUGUAGAAAAAUGUAUUGAAUCGGAUGCAACCGAUGUUGUAGUUUCGCAACUCCUCUCUGAUUGUAAACAACUUGUUGAACUAGCUCGAGAUAAGUUUGGAAACUAUGUCGUCCAGAAAGCACUUAAGCUUACAAAGGGAAAGGCAUUGCGCCAACUAGUUGACGUCCUUCGCAAAUAUUCGGGUGAGCUUGAGAAUCAUCCAAAUGGGAGGAAUGUGUAUAAUUUAAUCAAAAGGAUCUUAUUCAAAUUGCAGUAGGAAUUGUUGUUGUAUGGGAAUGAUUUAAGUGGUUACGGGUGUAAUGCGACUCAUGUCAGCUUCUAGAGUCCAUCAAUUUUGUUUGC